AUGACGAAUAUGAAUACGUGGAUCCUGCUGCAAACAACGGUAAUACCCAACGACGCCGCAGUAUCCUCAAAAACCAUGUCGCAUUUUUUUGUGGACGAUUUGGUCUGCUUCAGCUCCAGUCUACACGACCAUCUAAUCCAUGUGAAAGAAGUCAUUCGUAUCCUUAACAAGGUCAACCUAAUCCUCAACAUUGAAAAGUGCCAUUUCGCACAAAAAAGUAUCAAUUUGCUGGGAUUCUCUGUCUCUGAGCAAGGGAAAACCAUCGACACACGUAAACUAUCCAACAUUGAAUCUUGGCCACGUCCCAAGACUGGCACUGACGUUCAAAGAUUCCUGGGUCUAGUCAACUACAUGCGUGAUUACAUCCCUAAAGCUGCUGCUUUGAUGGCCCCUCUGGAUAAGAUCCGCAAUGCUAAAGUUAUCACUGAAAAGGAAUGGACUCCAAUAAUGGAAACAUACUUCCAGGCUAUCAAAAAUGUGUUAGUUUCCAAUAUAGUCCUCAGCCCUCCGAAUCUAAACCAUCUGUGGAAUUUGAGGCUUUAUAGACUAAAAUUCACGGAAAAAAAAGAAUAA